UUUGUUUAUAUAAUACUGAAAAAACUAAUUUAACCUUUAAAAGACAAUAUACAUUGAAUAUUCGAUGAGUUUUCGGUGAUACGUUUCUGACAGCAUGUCGACAAUGGCCGAUGACUCUACUUCUCUGCCAAAAAGGCGUCAAUUGCGGGAGAGAACUCGAAAAUUAUAUACAGAUGACUGGACUAUAGGCGAUGAAGAAAUCGAGGGUCGUAGGACUUUUCAACUCGAUGAAAAAAUCGAGUGUGAUAGGUAUAAUCUUAGCAAUUUCACUGGAUUAUUUCGUGAAAUGGCUGGUUCUGAACUAAAUUUAGCAUAUUUGCAAAAACAUGGUCUUAGCAUACCAUUACUCUUCAGAGAUAAAUCUGGAUUGGGAUUACGAGUUCCCAGUUCAAAUUUUUCUGUCAAUGAUGUCAGGACUUGUGUUGGUUCAAAAAGAAUAUUGGAUGUAAUGGAUGUUAAUACACAGAAAAAUGAAGAUAUGACAAUGAAAGAAUGGCAAAAAUAUUAUGAAGAUUCAAACAAAGAACGAUUGUUAAAUGUAAUUUCAUUGGAAUUUAGCCAUACCAAAUUAGAAAAUUAUGUACAAUCACCUGAAUUAGUACGACAAGUUGAUUGGGUAGAUGUUGUAUGGCCAAGACAUUUGAAAGAAGCACAAGUAGAAUCUACAAAUCUAUUGGAAGAUAUGAUGUAUCCAAAAGUGCAAAAAUAUUGUCUCAUGUCUGUAAAAGGUUGUUAUACAGACUUUCAUGUUGAUUUUGGUGGAACUAGUGUUUGGUAUCAUAUUUUAAGAGGUGGCAAAAUAUUUUGGCUUAUCCCUCCUACUGAAAAGAAUUUGAGCCUCUAUCAAGAAUGGGUAUUGAGUGGUAAACAAUCUGAUGUAUUCUUUGGAGAUAUGGUAGACAGAUGUGGUAGAAUAAGUUUAACAGCUGGCAUGACUUUAUUUAUUCCAACUGGUUGGAUUCAUGCUGUGUAUACUCCUCAAGAUUCUUUAGUAUUUGGUGGAAAUUUUUUACACAGUUUUGGUAUUGAAAAACAAUUGAAAGUUGCACAAGUAGAAGAACAUACAAAAGUUCCACAAAAAUUCAGAUAUCCAUUUUUCACAGAAAUGUUAUGGUAUGUUUUGGAGAGGUAUGUUCAUGUUCUUCUAGGCAGAAGUCACUUGGAUAUUUCUGAAUCACAACGUCAACAUUCAGUACCACAGCAUCAUCAACAUAUACAUCUAACACCAUUUGAGUUGCAUGGUUUAAAAGCAAUAGUUAUGUAUUUACAUUCAUUACCUUCUACUAAGAAGAAUGUGCCUGAGCUAAUUCGUGAUCCUGUUGCCUUAAUUCAUGAUGUUCGAUGUCUAGUAGAACAACAUAGACAUGAUAAUCCAGAAGCAGCUGUGACUGGAAAUCCUGUUUUACCUCCUCCACCUGCUUUAACAAUUGCUGAAAGGGAAAGAAUGAGGAUAACUAAGAAGAGUUUUACAAAAAUACAAAGACAUCACUCCCAAGAAAAGUCUGAAAGAGCAUUUCCGCGACGGAGGCGUACUAGGUGUAAGAAAUGUGAAGCAUGUACAAGAACUGAUUGUGGAGAAUGCAUAUAUUGUCAAGAUAUGGUAAAAUUUGGUGGAAGUGGUCGUGCCAAACAAACAUGUUUAAUGAGACAGUGCUUGAGGCCUAUGCUUCCAGUUACUGCAGCUUGUAAAGUCUGUCGAUUAGAUGGCUGGGGCCAACCACCUGCACCAUUAAUGGGAAAACCAACACCUACAGCUCCAUCGAGUUUAGUCGAGUGCUCAAUUUGUUUCGACAUUGUACAUCCUGAAUGUAUAGGAUUGGACCCCCAAACUAUAACUGUUAGCGAUGAUUUACCGAAUAGUUGGGAGUGUCCCCAAUGUUGUGAAAGCGGUCGGAAUCUAGAUUGUAGGCCACGUCAACCUAAGGCUCGUGCUCGAAAACUUUCAGUAUCUAGUGCAGCUUCGUCAGCACCUACAACAGAUUCUGAAAGGGCAACUACACCAAGUAAACGUUCAAGACCCGAUCCCAGCGAUGCAUGGAAUGACAGAGAACCGGCUGAGGGUGAACAGCGAACAGCUUUGCGUACACAAUUAGCUGUACAAUUAACUGGUUCAAGUAGUAAGUCAUUGAAGAGGCCCCACGUGGUGGUUAGGCCUGUUUCACUUCCGCCUGUUCAAAGACCAGGGCCCGAUUUUAAUGGACAAUCUUUAGCAUAUGACAAGACAGCAUUACUUGCUAUUUUUAGAUUUUUAAAUGCAAAGGACCUGGCGAAUUGUGCCUUGGUUUGCCGUACAUGGGCCAGAUAUAGUAUAGAUCCUAGUUUGUGGAGAAAAUUGGAUAUGUCUCAUUCUCAUCUAACAGCUUUACAUUUAACUGGUAUAAUACGCCGCCAACCGGAAAAUCUGUCUCUUGACUGGACAAAUGUUACUAAAAGACAAUUAGCUUGGCUAUUAAGUAGAUUACCACAGCUCAGAACAUUAUCUCUGCAAGGUUGUACGUGGACUGGAGUCUGUGCUUUAAGAACUUGCACUUGUCCACCACUUGUUACCUUAGAUUUAAGUCAUGUAUCUGGACUAAAUGAUUCAAGUUUAAGAGAAGUUCUCAGUCCACCUACAGAUUCGAGGCCUGGUCUAAUUGAUAAAACUUCAAGAUUAAAACAUCUUAAAAAUUUGUCUUUGGCUGGAUGUGAUAUAACUGACAUAGCUUUGAGAUAUAUAGUUCAACACUUACCCUAUCUUGAGACAUUAGAUCUUUCUUCUUGCGGUAGAGUUACUGAUGCUGGUGUAGCUCAAUUAGCAACUCCACCAGCGCAAGCAGUAACGAACUUGGCAUCACUGAAUUUGGCAAACUGUAGAUUACUUACAGAAACAACAUUAGAUCAUUUGGCAAGAUGUAAAGUGCUUAAACGUUUAGAUCUCAGACAUACAACUCAAGUUUCAACUCAAUCUGUAAUUAAGUUUGCUGCAAAAAGUAUCCAUAAUUUGCAUGUAACUGAUGUUAAGUUAGUAGAAGAAAAAAAGUUUAAAGUAGAAGUUAAAGUUACGUGAAAAAAUAUUUUUUUGUUUCGUUUUGUUUUUGUAUUUGUUACGAAGAUUUUCGGCAAGUGCAAUUCGGUUACCAUAUAAAGUAUGAUAGACAAUGCAUAUAAUAAUAUCGGAUUUCAAUUAAUAAUUAUAUUAUCAUAAAGAUCCAUUAGCACUGUAUCGCUUCUUCAUAAUAUAAGAAAAUGGACCUGACUAGUAUAGGAUUUCUAUUUGAUAACAUUCAGUUUUACCAAUGUCACUGUGCAGUCUGGGCAGAAAAAAAACUGCUUGUAUAUGAUUUGAAAUGACCAAGAAAUGUUUUACUUUUUGCUUUUUGUUAUGGUAGACGCUGUCUUCCUUUAUGCCUGGAUAGCUCUGUGCAUAUUUCAGAAAUAUUUUAACGAAUACAGGAUAUUAAAUAAGUAAUGCAGAUUCUAAAAUAAGAAUGUCUAAAAGAAAGCUGCACUAGGUGAAUCUAAGAUAUAUCGAAAUAUAGCAAUGGUUAGCAUCCCUAAUAUUAAAAUUGUAUAAAAACGAGAUGUUAGGUUUCACUAACCUUGCAACCAAAAAAAUCAUUACUCGCUUAAUAUUCAGUAUUCCAUUAAUUUGAAAUGUAAUACUUACAUCGAUAUGGAAAUUUUUACUGUUGCAUUGCUAAGAAAGCAAACGUACAGUAUUUAUUUUGUAAUUCUAUAUGGAUGUAAAAAUAUAAAUGCGGGUAAAAGAAAUAAGUAUUGACAUGUUUCGCGAAAGUUUCAGCAGAUUAUUAUAUCGACGAUAUUAUUUGUCGAUGUAUCAAUACAAAAAAGAGUAUAUUUAUUUGUAUGUGUGUUUGGAUAAAUUUCCAACAUAAAGAUUAUUAAUUGACUUGAAAGUCGCAAAACUAAAACAGCCUAUUGACCUUGUAAACUCAUACCCUAAUUAUAAAAUCAGAAACGCGCAAUGAAAUAUAUUCGAUUAUACUAUUUCAUAAUAUUAGAUAGAUAAUUAACGUUAUACUGAAAACAUGUAUAUCAUACAAAUGUUUUAAUUUUCGACCUAAACUAUGUUAAAUGUAAUGUCGAAUGUUUUUAUGUAAACGAAUGUACAUAUGACUUUUUUUUUAUACAAUUACUUUUCAGUUUUAUUUUGUUAUUGUACGUAAUUUGAUAAUAAUACCAAGCAAUAAGAAUUUAUUAUCUGCACCUUGAAACUAACGUUAGCUGUAUAAUUCAAAUAUCUCACAUUAUUUGUAUUAUCUCUGUGAAAAUGUAUCUUAGAGAACAUGAUCUGCUCGUACUAAAAUUCAGCAUAUUUUUCCAACUGUCAGUGUAAUCAGUUUCGUUACACUCGCUAUUAAAUUGUUUAUGGCGAAAACAUUUUUAUAAUUAAUACAAGAUAUUAAAAACAUUUAAAAUAUAAUUAAUGUUCAAAAACUAUGACGCCACUGUAUAGAAUAUGUAAUUCACAGGAAAUGAUAGUAAUAUUCUGAUUUUCAAAUAUAAUUUUAAAUUUUAAAAAUACCGCUAUUAUAUUCGCUCAUUUAUUUUCGAAGUAUUUUCGAAAUAUUUCGGUUCCUUUUUUUCAUUGUAUUAUCAAUAAUAUCGAUACAGCAAAAAAAGAAAAUUAUUUAAUAAACAUGUAAUUACAAAACAAAGAUUUUAUUAUUUGUUAACAACGAAAAAUAUACUCAUAAUAUAAUAUACUAUAUGCAAAUAAAAUGUUUGCGACGCCAAUGUAAGAAGCAUUACUAGGGACUUUAUGAUACGUCAUAUGUGCGUUUCUUUUCAAACUACUUUAACGGGUAGUUGUAGUAUUUUUAAAAACGUAAUAAACAUAGUUACUUAUGUUAUUGUGUAUUCUAAAUAAGAUAUCGUCGUUGAAAAAUAAAGCUUGUACAUUCUGGAAAAAUCUGUUCGUCGAUUAAUUUCAAUUGCAAGCAUGAUUUGUUUGGGAAGGUUUUGCGGAGAGAUUGUUACCUGUGGUGUUCUCACUCUUGGAGAGUGGUAUCGUAUCACCUCGAGAUCGAGACCUCUCGAUUCGAACUUGUCGUUCGAGCUGUGGCCUCGAAUUUGGCUCUUGUCGUCCAUUCUCGCGGAGCUUCGCCGGUAUCGGUUGACUGUUCGUAUUCUUUUCGCUUUUAGGCUGUGACGGGAUUAUUGUGAUCUUGCUUUGUUUACGCGGCUGUGCAUCUGUCGAGGAUUUCGCUUCUGGUUUCGCUACACUCUGUAAAUUGACAAACAAUCUUAUUUCAACUUCUUUGCAUUUUUCAUACGUCUAUUUAAAUUUUUAUUUUAUUUUUCUAUUUUUCUAUUUUUGAAACCAUCUUUUAUAUUUUCGUAAUAUUUUUUUGUCUAUUUUUUCAUAUUUAAAAAUGAUAAAAAUGAUUUCAAUCUAUUUCAGGUGAUAUUUCUACGUUUAUCGUAUUAAUAUCAUUCGCUUGCCAGUUGUCCGCUAACGUGUAUUCAAUCUAUAAUCACUUCAUUGUUUACGAUCAACGAACAGUUACAUCUACAAUUUUCACAUCUUAGAUCAGCCUGUAACAAUUCAAACAAAUGUAAUCGUAAAAUUUAAUUGCAAUGCGUGUUAAAGAAAUAAUAUUUUUCUUGCGUAUUGUGAAAGAUAGUUGUGCGAAUUGAAAAGUGAAUAACAGAAAAAAGAACGUACACCCCCACUUAGUAUCCUUCGAUCCUAAAGAAAGAAAGUCUCGAGAAUUCUCUUGGCAAGUAUCAAUGUUCAUGCGAUCAUCUUUAAAUAAUCUAAAUCGCAUUUUCUUUGCGAUCGUUUUAAAAUUAUAAACUUCGAUUUGUAUUUUUACGAUAUUGUGUUCCUUUUUCUCUUGAAACAAAAGAAAAUAUCAUUUAUUUGCUAAUUUAUUGCUUUAGGAGAAAAGUUACGGCGUGAAAAAUUUAUAAUGGUUAUCGAUACAUAAAAACAUUCAGAUUUUUUUAAUUAGAAUUUGCAAAUCCAGCAUAACUUAUCAUUUACGCGAAAGCGUAAUAUAAACUCGUUAAGAAACUGGCGGAAGACGCAACUGGCAAGACAUUUGAAAUAGAAACUCGUGUUCUUUAAAUAAUCGUGACCCAGAGGCUUAUAUGCGAGAACCUGAGAGGCUAACCUUCUGUCUGAUCUCUCCCGUAUCGAGAAAGUGAUAUUAAUCUAAUCUUUUGUUGCAACACAUACAAUAAUAUUCGAUAGUUUUAAUCAAUUUUUCUUCUUACGAUCAAAUUUUAUAAUUUACAGCCAAUUCGUUAAAUCAAAUCGUUAUUUGUUCAUUGUUUAAAAAAAAAUAAAUAAUAUUACCAGACACAGGCAAAAGCAUGCUCCUCAUAUUAACUUAAUUCGAGAUUCGAAAAAAGUGUAACGUUGAUCGCACGAUUUGCAGGGGAAUGAAUAAAGUGUUAUUUUUGGAAAUUUUCUGGAUUUCGUAUUUGUUGGAAAACUUUCAACUAUAAAUUCUACUUUAAAUUAUUGAUUCCAAAAUGGAAUCACGGAUCUCUCAUAAAUUGCAUUCAAAUCAAUCGAUGAUCUAACUGAACGCAACAGUUGUAAACAAUAUCGUGAAUGACACGAAUGUUCAUCACGUUCCCACGUGUCUUAGGAACUUGGAAGUUUUCGCAUUUUCGUCGAAUCGAGGAAUCCAUUCGCGUUCAGGAUUUUCGCGUGGCUCGUUGCCAAAAUAUCGAAAGUAUGCGUUUUCGUAUCAUUGUAUGACGACAAAAAGAAACGCAAAUAAACAAAACAAUGACAAGAAUGAGUUGAAUAAGUGACGUAGAUGAUUUAUAUAAGUAGAACCAAAGAAUGAACGAUAAACGAUUUUCGUAAAUUAAAACAUCUUUAAAUUAAAACAUCUUCUCGAGUCGAAAUUUCGUAUUUAUAAUAAUAAUAAUCGCUCGAUUAAAUAUAAUUCGAACGCAACGCAUUUGCAAUCUUCUACUUGUCGAAAUGUUUAUAACGCAAGAACUUGUUACAUGACACCCACGCGAGUUAUUAAUAGUGAAGUCUCUGGUGACUUUGAAACCUAAUAUCUGAAUGGAAAAAGACUGCACAAGCAUCCUUCGACGUUUCUAGUAGAACAAGUACGCAUCGGAUCAGACAAUGACAAGCAAUUGUUAUCGCAUCAUCCCUUCAAAAUAUCCCCAAAUAUGAUUAAAAAAUUUUCAUCACUUUUGAGAUAUUGAACGUGAAUAUCGAAUAAGAGGAGGGGGAAAAAAAACUCACUUUGAGAGUAACUUGGGUAAAUGGAGGCGGUUCUUCGACUUUUGGUUUCGAAUCUCUUCUAGAAUUGAGGGCCCAGGGCGCACUAGGCAUAGGUAAAGGCGACGGACCAUCCUUGACCCAGGGUGGUCGGAAGGUGGUCCUUUGCGGUGGUUGACCACCGGCACCAGGCAUUCUUCUUUACUCUUCUCACACAACUCUCUUAUUAAUUUCGACUUUCGUAUCGAUAUCCACCUGUCGUGGGUGAACGUGGAGGCACAAGGUGUUGCGCACGAAAAAAAAAGGAUCACAGGAGAUCCGUGCGAAACGACGAGGAUCCUCUCGAGGACGUGUACGAUGCGCCACUGACGGACUCCUGGACGCAGAAAUGAAAAAGGUGGGGAUCAGUUUUACGUGGGAGAGAGAGCCACGACCCACUUCUCUCGAGAUGUUUCACGCACACGGGAAAUCUUCCGGAUUGUCCACGCGGUUCCGUUGGAUCAAAGGAGGAGAGCUGUCACGAGUCGGGAUCUCUUUUUCCCGAUCCGCGUCGAACGAUCGAUCGUCGAGAACUCGGAGAGGAAAGUAUUAUCGAAGAGCGAAGUGAUUGAGAAUUUUUGGGAGUCUGGGAAAGAUUGAGACCUGGACCACACAUCAGGGCCACACGACUGCACCUCCCUAACCGCGUGAUAUUUUCGUCGGCGUGACGUCAUAGAAAGACGCAAGCUCGAAAUAGAAGACGGUCCUCUUCUUCUAGGAUGCUUUCGGUGACUCUCUCUUGAUCGAAACGCCUCUUCUCUGAUGAUCCUACGACGUAUCCCACGUCUGUUUACGAUGCACUCGUGCGCCGAUCGGAUCGGUGCGCACGAAGGUCGGAUCAAUCGUCACGCGAGAAAGAAGUGACGGUAGUCGAUCGAACCUCAACGAUCUAUUAACGAUUUCAUGGAUCGGUGAUAUAUGCUAUAAACUGUUUCUAGAGAAUAUUGUAUCAAUAAAAAUAUGAUUUUCUAUUAAAUAAUGAUGAAUAAACUUUGGUUAGUCAAUGUA